CGAGAAGGGCGGGCGGCUUUUCCUACGAUCGCGUUUAUGGCUCUUUUGUCUGAACAUGAUGUUGGUGCUGCUGACGUUGUGUUUUUUGACUGGGACCGCUGCGUCCGCCCCAAAAGACAAGUGCGAGCACGCGCCCCUUCACGCCCAGCCGGCAGACGAACACUACAAGCUAAGCGUAGCCGGCAACCCGGACCUGUUCUUACCGGGAGAACUUUAUAUUGUGUCAGUUCAAGGAGUGGACAGCGGACAAGGCCCAACGCCAUUCGGAAGUUUUGCAAUAUGGUCCGAAGUAGUGGAAGAAACUGAAAACGAGAAAACAAACAGUACAAAGAUUAUCAACUCCCAUUCGUUUGGUACGUUUCAAGCGUAUGACGCUCAAACUAAGUCGCACGAAACGUGCAAGUCAGCCGUGGAGAAUGCAACAGCGCAUCCUAAAACUGAAGUGCAAGUCAUCUGGAGCGCACCCACAAUCGCAGUGGACUCUUGCGUUCGGCUUUGCGCUCGUGCAACCCAAACAGAGGGGUCCAAGAGCUCAGUACUGGCGCGCAAACUUUGUCCUGCGCCCGUUACAGCCACUCUCAGCCGACAGCCUCCGAUCCUCGAGCCGUGCUGUGCUUGUGAUGAGGCGAAGUAUGAGGUUACAUUCGAAGGGCUAUGGUCCCGCAACACCCAUCCCCGGGAGUUUCCCCCCGAGGGUGCGCGGGCGCAUUUUGGUGACGUCAUAGGCGCCUCUCACAACGCGCAAUAUCGCGUUUGGCAAGAAGGAAGAGUUGCUAGUAUGGGUUUGCGUCGGCUAGCUGACGAUGGCACCACCACAGCUCUUGAAAAAGAACUUAAGGCAGAGAGUGAUCGCAUCCGCACAAUAAUUAAAGCCCGUGGUAUAUCAUGGCAGCAAGUCGCUGGGGCGGGCAUUCCUAGUACAUUCGCAGUGUUCAGAGUGGACGCUAAACAUCACCUCGUCUCUCUCGCCGCGAAGUUAGCGCCAUCUCCUGAUUGGAUCGUGGGAGUUUCAGCGCUAGAGCUGUGCAACGCGAACUGCACUUGGCGUCGGUCUGCUAUUUUACCUCUGUACCCUUAUGACGCUGGCACCGAUAAUGGCCUCAGUUAUAUGUCCCGCCGGAGCCCGACUAUUCCACAAGCACCAGUGCGAGCUCUUAGACCGGAAUGGCCUCGUGAUGCACGCUCACCUUUCUACAGCUCGACGGGAGAAAUGCGGCCAAUCGCUCGCCUAAGACUAUCACGACUUCGACUUUAUGAGAAGAGCUGUGAUACUACAGAGCUCGUUGGUGAACAAAUUCCGGAAAACAUUGUUAGUAGUGGUGGCGGAGCGUGUGCCACCCACGCCUGGGGCCCGUGGGGUGCGUGCAGCGUAACGUGUGGGGAAGGUCUCGCGGCCCGGCAGAGACACUAUGUGUGGCCUGGGAAAGCGAAGGCUGACGCUUGCAGGAUAUCUCUUACUGAAUACCGUCCGUGUCGUGGACCGAGGAUGCAUUGCAGGGUUAAAUCAGACUACGAGCCGGACCCCGCGGAAUCGACAGGUCCGUGCGCAAUGUCCACGUGGUCAGAGUGGUCCCCGUGCUCGGGAUGUGGAGUACGAGCACGUACUCGCCACUACUUAGUACCGCGCGCACACAAGCGAUGUCACGUAGGCUUUCGAGCGCGCACUGUCAUGAGCCAAGCAAUGCCUUGUGAAGCCGGACCUUGUAUUGGACCUGGCGAUCCAGUAAACGCCACAAACUACGAUUGGUUUUAUUUAGAAAAUCCUAAACCAGAUUGCAGGGUAACACCCUGGGGUGGUUGGUCACCGUGUUCUGCUCGAUGUGGUCGGGGUAAACGAAUUCGUACUCGUCUCUUUGUAUCACAAGACUUACUCGUGCAAAAGGAACUUACUCGACGGCUCUUGAUGACUUGGAACCAAAGAUUUGCUGAACUACAGGAUAUUGAACUUCCGUUUGAAAAUGUGACAAUCGAGGAUCCUAAAAUAGAGUCACUAGUGCAGGAGCAUUUGGAUCGCUGUCAGUUUACCUUGACGCAGCAGGAGGCCCUAUGUGAUGGAGAAGACACUAACUGUGAAAACGAAACCUUUUCAGAAGAAGUGUGCAAUCUGCCAGUCUCUGUGGGACCAUGUCGUGGAUACGAUGAGCGUUGGUUUUUCGAUUCAUCGCGAGGGAAUUGUGAGCCUUUUGGGUACACGGGUUGUGGUGGUAACGCCAACAACUUCCGCAGUAGGGAAAUCUGUACGCGAGUGUGCCACAAUAAUACAGGUGUUACAGUUACCUCAUCGCUAAUAGAAGCAAGCACAAAGAAAAUUAAAGCUACCCCUUCAACGGAGGAUAAUGAAGUUAUGCCGAACGAUGCUCCACCGCCCGACGUCAACUGUGAGAUGGGUCCGUGGCUGGGAUGGAGCGAGUGUUUCGGGGAAUGUGACUUCGCAGUCAAACUCAAUUACAGACACAUUCUUCGUCAACCCUCUGGGUCAGGAAAAACGUGUCAUAAGGUUAUGAAAAGUCGCAUUUGUAAACCAACGCACUGCAAAAAACAUCUUUUGAACAUAAAUAAUUCAUCGGAAAUGUACAAUGGCGAUGAACAUGAUUAUUAAAUGGCUUUAGUGUUUUAUUGUAUUUAGUAUGAAUCUGUGAUAGGCAGUAAAUAGAUAUAUUAAUAAUUCAAAUAAAUAAAUGUAUCCUCUAAAAAUGUUCAAUACAUGCAACAAUUUAUUAGAUUUCUGUCUGUUAUAU